CCACGCGCGGUUGGCGGGCAGCCCGCCGAUGCAGCAUGCUACGUCCCACGGCGGAUAUGGCGCGCCGGCCAGCGGCACAGAGUCGCCUGCUGGUGUCACAGCCGGAGGCAAGAGGAAACGAAAGCAAGCCAAAUCGCACGCCGCCUUGACCUCUCAGCAGCAACAGGCUGCCGCGGCGGCGCACGCGCACGCGCAACAGCAGGCGCUGCUUGUAGCACAGCAGCAGCAGAGCAUGUCCUCUGGCAUGGCGCUGGGGAUUGCGAUGGACGAUGAGGCGACCGAGCUGGCUCUAGACGAUCUGGACCGACAUACACCGAGAGAUCUGGCCAUUGCCCGAUACAAGCGCGGUCAUGAGUUACUCGCCAUGAUUUUUGACGCGCGGAAGAUGGAACAUUUGCGGCCAGGGCCAUCCCCGUAUGCAGGUUUCACUCCAAAAAAGCUGGAGGAACGCGUGCAGCAGUUGCGCUCCGCCACUACCGAACUGCAAGAUAGUCACGCGGAAAAGAUGCGCAAGCUAAAGGAGUCGCUGGCGAUCAAGGCAUGGCCAACGGAGGACGAUGACGCAGACUAUGGGCAGCUAGAAGAGUGGGCGCGCCGGCCUGCAAGUGGCAGAAUCCUCGGCGUCGGGCUGGUGCGGGCGCCGACGCCAGAGAUAGCCAACGAGCAAAGGGCCGCGGAGCAAAGUGCAGUAGGCGCAAGCGAUAGGCCAGCAGAUGCCACCAUGGAGGAUGGCAGCGGAGACGGGUUCGGAAAGAGCGGUGAAGGUGGCCAGACGGAGGAAGAGCGCAUCCGGCACGAGGCAGAGGUGAUUGACCAGAUCAACAAGGAGCACGGCGAGAACAUUCCGAGUGGCAUCCCACCCAUAGUGGCCGAGCCGCUUGGACUUGACCAGCAAGCGGAUCCAUCAUUUAGCAGUCUUUCAACAGCGCUCAGUCCCAAGGCACAACCUCUUGCAGCUGCAGCUGCAGAUGAUGCUGAUGCGGGCAGCACGGCAGGGCAGCAGUCGCAGAAGACUGAACCAGCUGAUGUGGCUGCUCCAGCUGCUGCUCUGCUGGCUGAGGUCCCCGACACGGCUCGGGUGCCAGAAGAAGCUGCGAGCGGCGCUGAUCCGCAACGGACAGGUGCUGUGCCGCCGCCUGCUGCUAGUGCUACUGGCGACGCCAUGGACGUCGACGUACCCACUGCGACGGACGCGAACGCGACCGAGGAAGACGCUGCGCAGCCAGCCGCCGAAGUAGAGACGGGGCAAGAGGCAGAUACGGCGCCCACAUCAGCGGCUGCUGAGGCAGGUGCCAGGGGGGAAAGAGGCAGAUACGGCACCCACAUCAGCGGCUGCUGAAGCAGGUGCCAGGGGGCAAUCAGCACUGUCCCUGCUGCAGCUGACCAUGACAUUAUGGCCGCUUCCACGUCCACGUCCACGUCCGCUUCCACUUCCACUCCUGGCGAUACAAGAGACGGGUGCGCAAAGAAUGUCGAGCGCUCGGGUGCCCUUUUUGCCGCUUCCUCGGGCGCGGGUGUUGAUGCUGCGGUGGCAGAAGCUCCUCUUCUCCCGAUCGAGGCGACGGCGCCUUCUGACAAGGCAGCGGCAGCGGGUCGGGUCGAUGCGCCAUGAAGGGGGAGGAGCAGCUGCAGCCAGAGGGCUUCCAUCAGGCGGCCGAGGCGCGCUGGUGCUUGCAGGACAUGUAUGUAUGCAUGCUGCUCUAAUUCCUCGCUAUGUAUAUAUGUGCAUGCAAGCGUAUUAUUUUCUUUUCUUU